AUGGCUGACCUGAUCUACCUGCUGCACGGGGGUUAUCCCGGGCCCCAGGGUGUCAUCCACAUACUUUAUGGAAUCGAUUCCCCCAGCGAGUUUCUGCCCCAAAAAUGGUGGAGAUCACGGACAGGUGUACUGAGGUGGCACAACUGUGAUCCACACUCCAACUGCUCGAUGCUCUUUGCAGGAGAAACAGUGCUCCACACUCCAACUGCUCUUUGCAGGAGAAACAGUGUUGCCCUCCGGUGCCUCCAACUUAUUUCACACCUGCCGCUGAUAAUGGUGGAGUCACCUAGAAGCUAUGAGCAUCAGAUGUACCGGGCAGCUGGGACCUUACAUCGUGUCCCUCCCCACUGGACAACAAAGACCGCUAUGGAAGGCUACCAUGCUUGGGACUAUACACCUGACCCAUACACACCCUUCAUCUCUCAAGAAGACAGGUGA